CAAUUCCCAAACCCCUCAAUUCCUCCGCGUGCAAGCCCCUUUACCCCACCUGCCUUCUCGCAAACUCCAACUCUCAUUCCACUAACUCCACAGACCGCAUUCCCUCUCCCCAUCCAAUCCCUCCGCCUGCAUCUUUCUUUCGCCUUUGUCUGGGCCACCAGCCGACAACCGCAGCCGGCGACUUCUCACUUCCCUUCGCCUGCUCAGCCCCUCAUCCGAUCCUUCUCCCAUUCCAAUCCCUCUGCCUGCAUCUUUUCGCCUCUGACUGAGCGACCAGCCGACGACCGCAGCAGCCGACUUCUCACUUCGGCCCUCACCCGAUCUUUUUUCAGAACUUGGAAGACCUCGCUAACAACCCAGGUGAAGGAGUAUCGACUUGGGCAAGUUGUUAACAAAUCUAAGGACACACUUGGCACAAGGAAAGCUGCAGGAGAAUACACAAUGGGUGCUGUUUGUUGUUGUUUGCAUUUUGAGGACUACGAGGAUUAUGUGAAUCCUAACAGUUCUGUGUAUAGAAACUGCAUGUGUCUCAGCUGCUUUCUGCAGUAUUUUCUACAUGUGUAUGGCCAACUUUUUCGGAGAGGGGAAGUGCAUUCUGUUUCAUCAUCUAUUCAGGGGGCAGCAUCUCUAAAUUCUCCUACAUCCCUAGACAGCUCUCUAGCUGACAUGUACCGAUCUCCUCCAAGGCCCUUGCCAUAUGAUGCUGAUCCAAGAUAUUUCAGGUUGCAGCGUGAUGGUCUGGUUUCAAGGCGUGAGAAGGGUUCAAGUCACUCACAUGAGGAAGCAGAACCAUUGAGAAGCGAUAAUGAUGACGAUACAGAAUUCUACAGUACAGGAGACAAGUGGAAUGCAUCUACGUGUGAGGAAGGUUCUAAAGAACAGCGUCCCAGGUCCUCGCUUAAACUCUCAUCUGCAAAAGCUACCUCUGGAAUCGGAUAUAUUUAUUCAUCUUCUGAAGACGAGGAAGUCUGUCCUACAUGUCUUGAAGAGUAUGCUCCGGAGAAUCCUAAGAUUAUGACCAAGUGCUCUCACCAUUUCCACCUUGGUUGCAUUUAUGAAUGGAUGGAGAGAAGUGAUAGUUGUCCUGUUUGUGGAAAGGUGAUGGCAUUCGAUGAAACGACAUGAUCUUUCGGGUUGAUAGGUGUGUUGUUGUGGAUGAAAACCAGCACAUGAUAGGAAAGGAAGGCUUACAAGACCUGUAGAGAGUUGUUUGUGAAUAUUGCAGAUCAUGAAAGUGUUUGUGAUCUCCCAUUGUAUAUAUAACAAAGGAAAGGAAAGCGAACGUUGUUUCAGCAACAUAACAUUUGUUAUGAACAUGCAAGCACUCUAUCCCAAAGUGCCAUAUUUUAUAAUAUCCUUUGUUCUGUGAACUCUUCCAUCUGAUUGUGUGAUUCAGAUUUUACUUUUUAGUAUUCUUUACUUAUGUGGGUAUAUUGAUGAGGAGGUGAAGCAUGAAUGCAAUCAUUUUUUUUUGCUCCCUCCUUGCCAGUUAGUUGUCCUUUUAACUUGCAGUUGAAACUUCAUUCAUAAAAUGGUUGAGAAUGCAAGGACACGACCCAAACGAGGCCAGCAUACAUAUUAAGGAUAAAGGGGCUGUUUGCGAGGGUUUGUAAGGAGUUCUGGUGGUUGUUGUUGGCUUCCUUUGUCGCUGGUUUUGGGGUUUUGGGUCAGGGGCUGUUUGGUCAGCCUAGACGGUGGUUGUGUAC